ACACGUUUAGCACGAAAGCAAUGGUAUAAUAUGUCACAUGUUUUGGAUCGUCAUGCUCGAAACAAACAAAUGAUGAUGCAAUUUGAGAAUGAAUUGGAACGUCUGAUGAAUGAGCGUGAUAGAUUAUCAUCCGAUUUGUUGGACGUUCAAAAACGAACCUCAACUAGCAGCAAUGACUUGGACAAUGAGGAAGAUUUAAUUAAAUCUAAUCUGACUUAUGUCCAAGAAAGCAUUAAUAAUACUCAACAAGCUUUGUUACAAUUCGAUGAUAGUAAAGAUUUCAAUGUGGGUGAAUCGCACAAUGUGCAAAACUUCAUCAACGAAAUCGAUAAUAUCGACGAGGCGAAAUAUUUGUUAGAACGUUUAUCUACGAACUCAGUAGACUUGUUAUGCAAAGUGGCCAAUUUGGAAAAUCACUUGCAGGAACGUAUUGCUUUAUUAAAAGAGGCUCAGCAAGAAUGUCUUGUGCAGCAACAAUUGUUACAGGAUUUCGUAGCACAAAAUAAUUUGGAAAAAAUAACCGAUUUAUUUGAAUCGUUAAGCUUAAGCGUCUCGAAAUCAAAUUGCAUUAGAACUAGCGGUUCGCAAAAGUCUUUAAAGAGCAACGAAACCUACGAUGUAGGAAUUGAUGAAGCAUUUCCUUUAUCAGAACGAAAUCGUAGUUCAUCUCCGGAACUUGUUCAAGAUAUGAUAAAUAAAAAGAUUAGAAGUCGUACCGCACAGCCCUAUAAUAUGUUGUUUGGAGAAAAGGUAGAACGUGCUCUUCUCCCCAAAAUGUUCCAGUCACAAAAGUGUGCUUGAAGAGGAUCGUGGCUUCUAUAGUACGUUUUUCACAGUGUGUUGAAUGAAUUUGGACCAUGUGCAAUACGCUUGCCUUAAGCAAGCUUUUAUUCAAGAUUUCGAGACUCAAGAUGGCUAAGGUCAUAAAAGACUAUAUAUUUUUUCAAUGCUCGCAUUAAAUUCAAAUCAGAAACAUUAAAUUUCGAGGGUCAUGUAUUGUCAACCACCCCUAUUCUUGGCAUUACUCCUGGAGUCGCCUAACAUUCUCGUAACAAAUAAAAUUAACUUCUUAAAAUGUGUGGUAGAGAGUACACAGAGUAUGACAAUAGAGUUUUCAUUACAAAAUAUAAUGAAACUUAAUGCAACAAAAAGCUACUUAAUCAAAAAAAAGAAAAAGGAAUAACCAAUAUGUUGACGAGAAAACAAUCCCAAGCGAUAAAUUGGUUUCUUUUAUUCAAAAAAAUUUGCAAAGUGCAAAUAAAUUCAAAACGUGAUAACAUUUGCCUUAUAUUUAUUAAGUAUUAUUAUUAAAAUAAAGAGAUAUUUAUGA